AACCAAACCGGACAGAUAUAUUUAAAUUUUACAGAGCAGGGAAACUGCUUAGGUUCGAUGAAGGGUAUAGAUGAAAAUAUUAUGGGCUGUGGCAUGGAAAAGUUAACUAGUGGAGCCGGUGGGUGCUCUGACUAUGCGGUCAAAGAUGUAAAUAUUAUGCUACGAAAUAGGUUGAAAAAUUUAGGUGAAGGCUGUGAAGGUGUGGAUUUGGAUGGAAAAUCUGGUCAGGCUUGCAGUGAAUGUUUUAGAAGGUGGAAAGAAAUAGGCGCAGCAUCAGAUAAUGGAAGAGAAUCAAUGAAGGUUGAAGCCGAUGUUUGCAGGUUUGCAGUUUUGGUAACAUUAACAAGCAGUAGGAUAGAUGAUGAGAAAUGGGUCAACGCGACCUAUGAUUGCCUCGGAGGGCAGGAUGUUUCCAUAGGUGAAGUGGUUCGAAAAUUGAUGCCUAAAACUCUGAUUCCUUUCUCGUUUUCAAUUCAUUAAAGAACCAUCAAUGUAUCGUCACACCCAUCUUGCUCAAGUCCACCUAAUCUCACUCUUUUCUUCUGCAGAUGGAGAGGAAGGCACGGCUAGCAGUGGUAUCAAGUCCAGCAUAGGUCUCUCAAUCCUAGUAGUUGGCAUAGUGGGAAUCACAGUAAUAGUUCUCGUAGCAACAUUCACCUGGUUUAGAUUGAGGACUAGAGAAAGUUUCGCAACAGGAAAAGAUUGUGCAUCCCCAAGCUCGAUGACAACUCACUUGAAAUCAUCAAAUGAUUCACUCUCUGAGGAGUCCGCCUGUCUUAAGUUGCCUGUUAGGGAAAUUUAUUCAGCAACAAACAAUCUAUGUGCAUCAAAUUUUAUUGGCCAAGGCAUAGCUGGAAAAGUAUACAAAGGCAUUCUCUCAAAUGGUCAGCAUGUAGCAGUCAAGCACAUACUCAAUGACGGGUAUAUGGAUACAUUCGUUCGGGAAGUCACAAGCCUUUCUCAUGUCAGACAUCCAAACCUUGUAGCAUUGCUCGGCUGUUGUGAGAAUGAAGAUGAAUGUUUCCUAGUUUAUGAUCUGUGCCACAAUGGCAACCUCUCAGAGUGGCUAUUUGGUAAAACAAAGGUCCUCUCAUGGAUGCAAAGAGUUGAGAUCGCAAUUGAUAGUGCUAGGGGUCUCUGGUUUCUCCACACUUAUCCAGAAGGCUGCAUUGUUCACCGUGAUAUCAAGCCAGCGAACAUUCUCCUCAAUGCUAACUUUGAAGCAAGACUCUCAGAUUUUGGGUUAUCUAAAGUUAUGGAUGUGGAUCAGUCACAUGUGAGCUCAGAAGUGAGAGGGACAUUCGGUUAUGUCGAUCCUGAAUACCGUAAAAACCACCAUGUAAAUGCUUCAGGUGAUGUUUACAGUUUUGGGAUAGUGCUACUGCAGCUUCUCUCAGGGAAGAGGGUCAUUAAUCUAGAUUUAACCAGACCAAUGCCUUUAUAUAAAAUGGCUAGAUCCCUCACAAGAGGUGCUGACAUAACAGAAUUUGCUGAUCCCAAGCUUAAUGGGGAGUACUCAGAGGAAGCCUUUGGGCUUAUACUGAAGCUAGCAUUGUCGUGCACAGGGCUUAAGCAGCAAAGACCAUCAAUAGAGCAAGUGGUUUCAGGACUUGAAGAGGCACUCGAAAUAUCAAAGCAAGUCAAGUUACUUACAACUCGUCCAAUACUGUAG